CUCUAACAACACUGAAAUUCAGAAAAUGGCAAAGCAAGCUUUGAGCAACAUCCAAAUAAGGACAAUAAGAAGCAGUUUAGAUAUCCUAAUGAUAGCCUGAAAGAAAAUGAUGGUGAGGAAGAAGAAGAGGAAGAAGAGGUUAAAUUGAUUAGCAGCAUAUUUGAUCGAGCUAAUGAUAGCCGACCAGAUAUUGGUGAUGAAGAUUUUCUACCUGAAUUUGAAGACCUUCUUUAUGGGGAAAUCGAAUAUCCGUUACCAACUGACAAAUUUGAUAGGGCAGAGAAAGAAAAAAAUAUAUGAAACUGAGAUGGCAAACAAUGCAAGUGAACUGGGAAGGUUGCGCAAUUUAGUAAAGGAACUGGAGGAGAGGGAAGUGAAGCUCGAGGGCGAAUUGCUUGAGUACUAUGGUUUAAAAGAGCAGGAAUCAGAUAUUGCUGAAUUACAAAAGCAGCUUAAGAUCAAGACAGUUGAAAUUGACAUGCUGAAUAUUACCAUAAACUCUUUGCAAACCGAGAGGAAGAAGCUUCAAGAAAAGAUUGCACAUGGAGCUUCUAUAAAGAAGGAUCUGGAGGUGGCUAGGAACAAAAUCAAGGAGCUACAAAGGCAAAUUCAACUUGAUGCUAACCAAACAAAAGCUCAGUUAUUGUUUCUCAAGAAACAAGUUUCUGGUCUUCAAGCAAGAAGCCAUCAAAAGUGAUGCUGAGAUUGAUAAGAAAUUGAAAGCUUUAAAGGAGUUAGAAAUUGAAGUUGUGGAGCUUAGGAGAAAGAAUAAAGAGCUUCAACAUGAAAAGAGGGAGUUAACUGUUAAACUGGAUGCUGCUGAAGCAAAAAUAACCUCCCUUUCCAACAUGACAGAGGUAAGUCCCACAGACAUCUCUUAUUUAUCAUAUUCUGAACUACAUUUACAUUCACACCAUCAAUAUGCAUCACUUUUAUAAAUAUUCCCACUACUUGGACGGAGAAAUACACCUUACC